UAGUUUACUCUAUUGUUUGGCGUCGAUAGCAUUCGCGUCUCUGUGUUAUUGCUGGCAAUUAAAAGAAGUUAUUGUAGCGACUUAUAAUUUGAGACGUCUUUCUGAACAACAAAUAGCGUGCAAAACAAUAGUUUGCAUUAGACAAUCAACAAUUUGCAUUUACACAGUACACUACAGCAGAUAAAAUGACUGAUUGCGCCACCGACGCCGUCGAGCAACCGUCAGAUCAUCAUGUACACUUCGAUGCGGCGACCCUGAAGACUGAUGACUUUGGUUCCGACAGCUGUGUGACAUAUCAAAGGUCGGGCGACACAAUUGCCAUAAGUCUGGGCUUUCUCCAAAUCAAUCAUCGGUAUCUGAUCGAUCUCAAUUUGCCGGUGACGCUGUUCAACAACACCGGCACGCCCGAUACGAAAUUCGAGCCGGUUGUGAGCGCCACACCGAAUCUGCACUGUCGGAUCACCGAGUUCACUGGGACCAAACACGAUGAGCAUGAUUUCUACGAGAUGAAGAUCGAGUUCUUUGCCUACAAGGAGAAACUGUUGCGCGAAACGCUGCACAUCGUCAACUCGAGCAAUGCAAAGGAAGUGCUCCAGCUGGUGAUUGCCGCCCGAGUGCUGGGCAAGGGCAAGGGAACGCCCAUGCUGCGAACUGGCAUCCAUUGCAUAGGUGUGGAACGGGAUGAUGAUGAAUCGGAGGCAUCGGAUUUCGCUGGCUUUGACAAGCCGUAGAAAGGCGCGACGAACUUGAGACUUCUUCUUCAUUUUCUGGGGUUAUAUUUUGCAUAGUGUUUAAGUCCAAAUAUUAUAUUAUUCAUAACAUCAUAUUGUAUAUGUAAUGUUAACUUAUGCGAGUUUAUAUAUAUAUAUAUAUAUAUCUUAUACUCCUUGUCCUUGUCAUCCAUAGAGCAUUAGCAUUUCGUUAGUACGCUGAAAGAGCUUAACGCAUCAGCGUGUACUUAAAUUCGAUAAUUUAUUCAUUGUAUUUGUUUUGUUAAGUUGUGUGUGUAUCAUAAUUUAGUUGGCAAUGCAAAUGCCAUUCAAAUGUGUCACGAUUUCUAGUAUUAUCAAUUGAGUUGUAACCCCUUCCUCCCUCUUUCUACUUUCACAUAGUUGAUCUAUGUCUAGUUAUUCAAAGAAAUCACCUUGCUCACAUAACCCGGAAAAUUCUCACAGCUCGCAACUCAAUGCUCAAUCUAUCACAGCACUCCGGACAACAACUUUGACCAAUUUGCAGGCCUUUUUGUAAUGAAUAAUAUAUACAUAUAUAUAUGAAAUCUAGUGUAUAAAAAGACGGUGUAUAGAACUUAUACUCAAUGAAUAAAUCAAUAUUUAAUCGA